GUGUUACAAGAAAAGGCACGCAUCACGUCUGAACUUCAGAAUGGCGACAAUACCCCCGCAGAUUGUGUAAUGUAUUGAGGUGCAUGUCAAAUUCCUGAGAAAGAUUAGCUUUAGUUCUACAAUAAAUUAUAGACUUUUGUAUUUUAUCUAGUUCAAGCAGAUGGUGUUGAGAAGUUGACAAUUUCCAUUAUUUUGCCGAACGCACAAUGCAACAACCUUUGGAAGGACGUAGGCUUGGCAAUUAGUUCUGCACCCAGGGUCAAAAGAGAGAUGACUUGUCAAGCAAAUUUCACCAUAGGAGCCUAGUUCGGUCUUCAUCAAGGUCUAGUAUGAAGGAUCAGAAAGAUGUACAACGCUGGCCCCCAGCUGGAUAGGACCCCUCUCAGAGCAAAUUGGGAGGGUCCUAGACUAUCAGCAAAAAUACAUCUCUGCUACAUUCCUCACCUCACUAAAGACUGGUUUUUCCCCAAAAAAAAAAAUAUUGGCCAAACCUCACUGUCAUUAUUCUUUGUCCCUCUGCCCGCUCUCAACCCCUGAGCCCCAAACCUAGAGUUUUAUUAUUUAAUUUUUUUUGCAUUUCAAAUUUGUCCCACCUCUCUUUUUUGAGAGUAUAGCUCCUAGUUCGUACUCCUAUCUACAGCCUCUAGAUCUCCACUCUAACCAGCCAUGAGAGGCCAAAAAAUAAGUGUAUUACUGGGCUGCGUUCUCCUUUGCUCCGCCUCUCUCCUCUACUUGGGCCUGAAUGGCAUUGAUUGCCCACCCACGGGUCCCGAUCACCGCCACACCUGGGCAGAGGCCCAUCUGGGCUCCAACAAUCAGAGCCAAGCAUCACCCGGUUACUAUGGCGAAGAAACACCACUCAUUUUCAUUGGUGGCUUUCCUCGGAGUGGCACCACACUCAUGCGUGCAAUGCUGGACGCCCACAAUGCUGUGCGGUGUGGCGAGGAGACUCGGGUGAUCCCACGCCUCCUCGCCAUGCGUGCCACCUGGAGCCGCUCAGCCAGAGAGAGGGUCAGACUUGACGAGGCCGGGGUCACCGACCAGGUGUUAGACUCAGCAGUACGGGCAUUCCUACUAGAGGUAAUAAUUGGUCACGGAGAACCUGCUGCUAGGCUCUGUAACAAGGACCCAUUUGCUCUGAAGUCACUCUCCUACUUGUCUCGCAUCUUUCCCCGGGCCAAGUUUGUCCUCAUGCUGCGGGACGGACGGGCAACGGUCCACUCCAUGAUAUCACGCAAGGUGACCAUAUCUGGUUUUGACCUGACCAAUUACAGGGAUAGUCUGACUAAGUGGAGCCGUGCUGUGGAGGGCAUGUACUCCCAGUGCCUGGGGGCGCCGCAUGGCAGCUGUUUGCCUGUGCGCUACGAGCAGUUGGUUCUUCACCCAGAGAAAGAGAUGAGGAAGCUGCUGGGCUUCCUGGGUUGCAAUGGGACCCGGCUGUGUUGCCACCAUGAAGAGCUCAUUGGCAAGGCUGGUGGUGUGUCACUGUCCAAAGUGGAACGUUCCACAGACCAGGUCAUGAACCCUGUGAACACAGAUGCCCUGUCAAAGUGGGUGGGUAACAUCCCUUCUGAUGUGCUACAUGAAAUGGAUGAUGUCGCCCCCAUGCUGGCCCGUCUUGGCUAUGACCCCCGGGCAAACCCCCCAAACUAUGCCCGGCCAGGACCCCAUCCUAACCCCCCAACAACUACACACUGCUUCUGAGAACUGCAGAAACACCUCAUCCCAGUUAGGAAGCCUAGAAGGAAGAAAAGUCGGAAGAAGAGCCCCAAGAUAUGAAGGCACUUCUUGUUUUUGUGUUUUCCAGAGGACCCUGGUUCUAUAUUUCAUGUUCAGCCCACCAUAAAUCCCACCGAAAAGGAUUUAAAAUGGCAUCUGUGUUUUUGCAUAUUCCAUGACUUAGCUAGGCCUAUGUUUUUGUUUUCUGUGUGGAACAUGGUCUUUGUGGAGUCAUCUUUUUUUAAGGUUUUUGUGGAUUAUUUUCUCCAUUAAAAUCCUGGGGACAGUAGAUGCUACUCUGUGGGAAUCCUAGUGCUUAUUUCCUGGACUAGUUGUCAGGAAUUUCCUGUCUAUGACUCUGCCUUCCCUGCGUACUCCGAAACCUCUGUGGACUAAUCAUGUUUCAGUGUGAAAGUACAUAUGCACCAAAAUUUUUUCUUAUCUUCAAAGUUUAAAAUCUGUGAAUGUGUUUAUGGAAAGAUUUGCAACUUCUUACUGAGAGAAAAUAUACAAAUGGAGGUAUAACUGUA